AUGCAGGCGCGCUACUCCGUGUCCAGCCCCAACUCCCUGGGAGUGGUGUCCUACCUCGGCGGCGAGCAGAGUUACUACCGCGCGGCGGCGGCGGCGGCUGGGGGCGGUUACACCGCCAUGCCGGCUCCCAUGAGCAUGUACUCGCACCCCGCGGCGCACGCCGAGCAGUAUCCGGGCGGCAUGGCCCGCGCCUACGGGCCCUACACGCCGCAGCCGCAGCCCAAGGACAUGGUGAAGCCGCCUUACAGUUACAUCGCGCUCAUCACUAUGGCCAUCCAGAACGCGCCCGACAAGAAGAUUACCCUCAAUGGCAUCUACCAGUUCAUCAUGGACCGCUUCCCCUUCUACCGGGACAACAAGCAGGGCUGGCAGAACAGCAUCCGUCACAACCUGUCGCUCAACGAGUGCUUUGUCAAGGUGCCCCGCGAUGACAAGAAGCCGGGCAAAGGCAGCUACUGGACGCUGGACCCGGACUCGUACAACAUGUUCGAGAACGGCAGCUUCCUGCGGCGCCGGAGGCGCUUCAAGAAGAAGGAUGCCGUGAAAGACAAGGAGGAGAAAGACCGACUGCACCUCAAGGAGCCGCCUGCGCCUCCGGUGCCGCCAGAGCAGGCCGACAGCGGCGCGCCCGGAGCCACGGGGCCGGCGGCUGGGCCGCCCGGAGCUCAGCCGCAGCCGGUGCGCCUCCAAGACAUUAAAACCGAAAACGGUACGUGCUCCUCGCCGCCCCAGCCCCUGUCCCCGGCCACCGCCGCCGCCGCUGUGCCGAAGAUUGAGAGCCCAGACAGCAGCAGCAGCAGCCUGUCGAGCGGGAGCAGCCCCCGCGGCGGCCUGCCGGCGGCGCGCCCAUUGACCCUGGACGGCGCUGAGCUCGCGCAACCCCCUCCUCCCGCGCCGCCCGCGCCGCCGCCCCAUCACAGCCAAGGCUUCAGCGUGGACAACAUCAUGACAUCGCUGCGAGGGUCGCCUCAAGGUGCGGCCGCGGAGCUCAGCUCUGGCCUGCUGGCUUCGGCGGCCGCCGUCGCGUCUUCACGGCCGGGCCUGGCGCCCCCGCUUGCGCUCAGCGCUUACUCACCGGGCCAGAGCUCCCUCUACAGCUCGCCCUGCAGCCAGAGCUCUAGCGCCGGCAGCUCAGGCGGGAGCAGCAGCAGCGGAGGCGGUGGCGGCGGCAGCGCUGGGGGUACGGGGGCCGCCGGAACUUACCACUGCAACAUGCAGGCCAUGAGCCUGUACGCAGCUGGCGAGCGGAGCGGCCACCUGCAGGGUGCACCGGGGGGUGCGGGCGCUUCGGCUGUGGACGACUCCCUGCCGGACUACUCGCUGCCCCCGGUCACCAGCAGUAGCUCUUCGUCCUUGAGUCACGGUGGAGGCCAGGAGGCCAGCCACCACCCUACGGCCCACCAAGGCCGCCUCGCUUCGUGGUACCUGAACCAGGCGGCAGGGGACCUGGGCCAUUUGGCGAGCGCGGCAGCGGCAGCAGCUGCCGCGGGCUACCCUGGGCAGCAGCAGAACUUCCACUCGGUGCGGGAGAUGUUUGAAUCGCAGAGGAUUGGCUUGAACAACUCUCCGGUGAACGGCAAUAGUAGCUGUCAGAUGGCCUUUCCUUCCAGCCAGUCUCUGUACCGCACGUCUGGGGCUUUCGUCUACGAUUGCAGCAAAUUUUGA